AUGUCCUGGAAAGACUGGCUGUAUGGUGUUCUAGCGGCACUGGCAGUGUUUGCUGCUUACAAGGUCUGGGAAAGCCGACCAAAGAACGAGCUUCUCCGGCCCCGUACUAGUGGGGUGGAUUCACUCAUAGGUAACACGCCGAUGGUUGAAAUAGAAUCGCUUCUGCGGCUCACUGGCUGUAAGAUCUACGCCAAACUCGAGCUCAUGAACCCGGCUGGGCUGGCCAAAGAUAGAGUGGCCCUUGCAGUGAUCCGUGAAAACGAAAAGCUCGGGAAGCUCAAGCCUCACAAUGGCGAUGUCAUCUUCGAGGGCACGUCCGGAUCGACGGGCAUUUCCUUCACUGUAUUGGCGAACGCAUUGGGUUACACGGCGCAUAUCUGCCUUCCCGAUGAUACCUCGCCUGAGAAGAUGCAGCUCUUGAAGUCCUUAGGAGCAGAGCUAGAGCCUGUCAAACCGGCGCCAAUCGUUGAUCCCAACCAGUAUACCAACGCUGCUCGCAAUGGUGCGGCUAAGAUCAACAGCGAGAAAGGUAGAAACGCCAUCUUUGCAGACCAGUUUGAGAAUGACUUCAACUGGCGAAUUCAUUACGCCACGACAGGACCUGAAAUCUGGAAGCAGAUGCAGCAUAAGAUCGAUGCCUUUGUCACCGGCUCUGGUACCGGUGGAACCAUUCUGGGAGUGUCCAAAUACCUCAAAAGCAAACUGCCGCUGACCCGCAUUAUUCUAGCUGAUCCUCAAGGCUCUGGCCUUGCCAAUCGAGUCAAUUACGGUGUCAUGUACGACACCGUCGAGAAAGAGGGAAAGCGCAGAAGACACCAGGUUGACACGAUGGUUGAGGGUAUCGGUCUCAACAGAUUGACAUGGAACUUCAAGCAGGGUGAGCAAAACAUCGACCAAGCAUUCCGUGUCACUGACGAACAGGCGGUGAAAAUGGCCAAGUUCUUGUGUGUCAAUGACGGAUACUUCUGGGGACUGUCGGCUGCUGUGAACUGUGUUGCGGCAGUAAAAACCGCCAAGGAGCUCGGUCCUGGUCAUGAUAUAGUCGUGAUCGCCUGCGAUUCUGGCGCCCGCCAUCUUUCCAAGUUUUGGAAGGAUGCAGCCGAGGUCCCAUCAUCAAUCACCUUGGAGCAAGUGCUCGAGUAG